UCUUCUUCUCUCUUCUCACUUGAGCAUAUAUACCCGUCAAUCGCCUGAGCCUUUGCACAAAUUCGUGAUUCUCGCUUAACAUUCCCUUUCCGAGCACAAAUUCAAACCGCCUAAAUUCUGAAACCCUAACCUCAGAGAUGAAACUUUAAAUCGUCACUGAUUUUUCAAAUCCAUGGCGUGCAUGGCUAUUCCUUUUGUUCCUGCACUCCCAGUCCCGUAGUUCUUUCUAUUUUCGCCUUUCGAUUUCAAAACCCUAGUCAAAGAAAUCAGACCCCAAAGAUGAAACUUCAAACUCAUCUAUUCCUUCCUUCGUUCAUUCAAAUCAAAGCGAACAGGAAGUGUUAGCUGGCUUCAUCAUUAAUAUUCGACACCCAUAGGUCAAAUGCAAUGACCUCUGGGUAUUAGGGUUUUGACUGAUGGUUUCUUGUGCCUCAACGUUCAACAAUUCACUCCACUCCAGUACACAGCUUGAAGGUUUUCUGGGAUCUUUGAGCAACAAAGGGAAUUCAUUUGAUCUGCUGCCCUUAAAUGAUAAGAAAGGUGACAUCGUCUCGUUCAUCGUGUUCCUUUCUCCACUGCCUACAUUUUAUACGAUUUACAAGAAGAAAUCAACUGAAGGCUAUCAAUCAAUUCCUUAUGUGGUUGCACUAUUCAGUUGCAUACUUUGGAUAUACUACGCACUUCUCAUGUCCAACAUGAUCUUCAUUAUCACUAUAAACACCUUUGGCUGCUUUAUUGAAACAAUUUACGUUGGCUUCUACCUUUUCUAUGCACCAAAGAAAGCCAGGGUCCAAACUGUGAAGAUGCUUCUUUUAUUAGUGCUUGGUGGCUUUGGAGCUAUCGUUCUCGUUACUCAAUUUUUAUUCAAAGGCGCAGUUCGUGGCCAAAUUGUUGGAUGGAUUUGCCUUGUGUUUUCGUUAUGUACGUUUGCAGCACCAUUGUGCAUAGUGAGAAAAGUUAUCAAAACCAAGAGUGUGGAAUACAUGCCAUUUCUCCUAUCAUUUUUCCUCACACUGAGUGCUGUCAUGUGGUUCUUCUACGGUCUUCUAAUAAAAGACAAAAAUGUUGCAAUUCCAAACAUCUUAGGAUUCAUCUUCGGUAUUCUCCAAAUGAUACUUUAUGUGAUAUAUAACAAGAAAGAGAAGAACAUCAUAAAGGAGCAGAAACUUCGCGAGCUACAAAAUCAUGUCGUAAUUUCAGAGGAGCAGAAAAACCUUCCACAAUUAACUGAAGAGCAGAUUAUUGACAUUGUGAAGCUUGGUGCACUUGUUUACUCAGAGAAAUUUAAUGCACGUGGACCUGAAGCUGCUAAAGUUGAGAAUAUGCCCAAGCUGCAAACUGUGCAAGUCUAAGAUCGACUUAGUAAACCUAAAUGAUUACUUGGCAUUUUCCUUUAAUUUACUUUUAAUUUCCUACUCUUCAAGUGUUUGUACACUAAUGAAUAGCUCAUUUUCCAAGUAAUCUUUCUCUUGUGAAGAACAAUAAAAUGUCUGUAUGUAGUGACAGUUUUUUGCUACUUUGCUUUGUUACUAAUAAAAAUACCUUUUUUGUA